UAGCCACGUAAAGCCCAACCCCAGAACUGUUAAGGUUGCUCAAGAUGGCUUUGCCGCCGGAACAGAUCAACAUCAAGCGGCGUCGCGAAGAAGAACCCGUGGACACAUUAUAUAUCCAGUCUGAGCUGCAUCAGACCAAACGACGAUUCACAGACUUUGUUUUCCAACGAGUUCAGAUCAGCAGCCAUGGUCCCAAGGGUACCACCGCCAGUGGGACAGCUGACCCAUCAUCAUCCCUGGUACCUGGGCAGCAGAGAGUCAUCCGCACUCCACGUUCGGUGAGCAGUGGCGUGUCCUCUCGCACCAGCGCUGCGAAUGAUGGCGGCGGAACCCCAGCAGCGGCAGGCGUCGUCCCCAUGGUGAGAGCCACCUCCCCCGGGGCCGAGUUCCGCGAGGAACGCCGUCUCGCCGCCGCGCGCAGGGAACAGGAUGAGAAAAUGAAGCGAGCGUUGUAUUCAUCCCCCGUGCCGUCGACCCCUGCGUCGCCGGCGGGUGCUCGCUCGUCAGCACCAGCACCAGCACCAUCACCCGCUCAUGCGGCUGAGCGCACUUCUGACUCCGCCGCCGUCGGUAAACUUAUUUCCACCGCCUCCAGUGGGAAUGAAAGUCCUGCUUCGCCGUCUACUGCCUCCCAGUCACUGCGCCGUUUCCAAAUUUCGCGGUCAAGUACCCCCGUCAACAGCACGCUCCGGAGUACAGGUGCGGGAGUGCAGAAGCGGAAAGGGGAUAGUCCUGUGGCUGUGCUUGUGGAGAAGCUGAGGCGCAAGCCUCAUUCAAGACAGGCGUCUUUGGUUGCGGAUGCGGUUGCUGGGGUUGAAGGGUUGGGUGCGGAGGUUGAAGAGCCAAUACGACCGCGCAAGCGGCCGGUGGUCAAUCAGGCAGAGAGGAAAUGGAGGGAAGAGCGGAAGACCGCGAUCUCGGCUGCUAAACAGCAUAUCUCCCAGGUCCUGGAUAAAGAAGCUCAGGCUUCGCAUCAGAGGACUUGGGAGGCUGAGUCAGAGCGACUCGCAAAAGAGCUAGAGCAGGUCGCUCUGGAAUUAGAUGCCGAGAUGGAAGUGGACAUGUCGUAUACAGGGUCACAAAACCACCCGCGCAACAUUACAUCUCUGGUGUCUGGGGCUGGCCAGCCUCCGCAGUCUCAUUCUGUGGGAACACCCAAGCCGACUUUGAAAUACCAGCCACGAACACCCAAUAAACAUAGCUCUACACAAAAGCUCGUUGACGGCAGCUCUGUCCAGAAUCCUAACUCGGCGGCUGACGCGCUCACUGCAGACCAGGAUGACGAUGAAGUUGAGAGCGACGGAGAAUAUGUCUACGAUACGUACAUUCGAAGGCCGCUUCCAGUUAGCGGCUUGCUUGCGGACCCGUUGGCCAAUCUGGAGUUGGACCAUGAGGCCUGGUUCAAGCAGCAUGGGAUUGAUAUGACUCGGCAGGAUAUUGGAGUCAUUGUCAUUACCCUAGAGGAUGAAGAAUACUGGGAGAAUUUUGUUGAGGAGGAGGAGGAGGAUGAAGAGCGGUGGGACAGCGAAGACGCAGACUCCAACGCUGAGAAUAAUCCCGCAAAUGAUUAUCCAGAUGAAGAAUUGUCGUGGGACGAUGAGGAUGAGGAUCCGACAGCUAUCUACAGUAAAUAUCGAAACCAUGCACGGUCUGAUGACGAAGAAUUUGACUUUGACGACUCGGCUAGCGAGGGGCACUGUCGAUUUGACUAUGGAUUCCGGUCACACGUGGAGUCGGAUGAGGAAAGUUGGUGAAGGAUUCGAAUAAGGUCUGUGGGACAGAGCUCUGAAGACGGGAAGGAAUCAUUCACAAGUGCAGGAAGGCAGCCGAGACUAGCUGGGGUGGCUGCGUCUGCAGAACGAAGGUCUGCCUCAUUUGGUGGAGGAUGUGUGAUGCAUAGUACUUUGGGGAAGGGUGCGAUGCUGCAAGUUGCAGGAGAAACCGAUGACGACUCUGGGGAAGAAGAAGUGAUAGACCGAAGCAGUUGAUGCAGCAGAGCAGAGAUAGGGAGACCUGUUCAGUAGAAGUGGUUUCAAUCAUGCGAGAGAGAAUUUCAGUGGAGGAGCCAACGCAUCUAUGCAU